CCUUUCUUAAAAAAAUGGCCGAUUCGUUGCGCAUGCGCACUAAGCCACAGUUUGAAGACUCUUCCAUCAAAUAUUUGUUUCAGAAAGGAGGAUUGAACAAACUAAAACCUCGACACACAACCUGCAUCAUCGACCAAAAGAAUCAUUUUAAAUGUCGUGUCCGGGCGUUGAAGCUUCUAUGAUUAAUUUAGCAUAACUUGCUCGCGGCUAACAAAGGGACGUGUUUGACAGCAACACAUCGACAAAAUGCAAAGUGUUCUGAUUGUCGCUUGAAAAUGUGCGCAAGAAAGACAGCAGAGUGCGACGAGGACCUUUGUGGACCUUCGCGUUUCAAAUUGGAGCCUCGAACUGUGCUGUUCAGUGCAGUCCUCAAUGAAGAUCUUACUGAGCAUCAAAUUAAAAAAGAGGAGGAGUCAGAGUGUUCUCAAAUGAAAGAGGAGGAGCCAGAGUAUGUCCAAAUGAAAGCAGAAGAGGGGAAGUCAAAACAUCCUCACAUUAAAGAAGAGGAGCAGGAGGACGAAAUCACAAAGUUCCUUUUGACUGGUGUGAAGAAUGAAGCGGGUGACUGCGGAGGAACACAAACACACAACCUCUUCGCUCCACUUUCCGAAGGAGACAACAUCACAUCUUCUGACACUGAUAAUCGUGAUGAUAACGAUGACGAACACCCCAAAGGUGAUACGACGCGUCGCACGGAAAACAAACAAUUGAAAUGUUCCCAGUGUGACAAAACGUUUGUCUACAAGUCGUCCUUGAAAAGACACACAAGAAUACACACGGGGGAAUCUUUUGCCUGCUCACUUUGUGGGAGAAGAUUCAUUCAAAGAAGCACUUUAAUAGCUCACACGAGAAGACACACUGGAGAAAAACCUUUUGCCUGUUCCAUUUGCGGGAAAAGCUAUUCUCUAAAGCAAAGCUUAAUAUGUCACACUAGAACACACACUGGGUUAAAACCUUUUGUCUGCUCCGAUUGCGGUAAAGAAUUUUCGACAAAGGGAGAAUUAACAGUUCACACAAGAACGCACACUGGAGAAAAACCAUUUGCCUGUUCAGUUUGUAGUAAAACAUUUUCGCUAAAGGAAAGCUUAAUAAUACAUACAAGAACACACACUGGGGAAAAACCUUUUGCCUGCUCAGUUUGCGGGAAAAGUUACGCUAGAAAAGGGCGAUUAAGCAAUCACUUAAAAACACACACUGGGGAAAAACCGUUUGCCUGCUCGGAUUGCGGCAAAAGAUUCUCUUCAAAGGCAUAUUUGACAAGACACACAAGAAGACACAAUGCGGAAAAAUCUUUUGUCUGCUCAGAAUGCGGUAAAAGAUUUUCUAGAAAUGCAGAUUUACGGGUUCACGCAAGAACGCACACAGGGGAGAAGCCUUUUACUUGCUCCGUUUGUGAGAAAACGUUUUCUCUAAAGGAAAGCUUAAUCAGACACACAAGAACACACACUGGGGAAAAACCUUUUGCCUGCUCAAUAUGUGGUAAAGGGUUUAGGAUGAAGAUCGAAUUACAAAUACACACGAGAACACACACUGGGGAAAAACCGUUUGAAUGUUCAUUUUGUGGGAGACGAUUCAGACAAAAGGGACAUUUGAAAGCACACAGGAGAAGACAUACUGGAGAAAAACCUUUUGGCUGCUCACUAUGUGAACGAGGGUUCACGCUAAAGAAACUUUUAAAAGCACACACAUGCGCACUGGCGAAAAACCCUUUGCCUGGGCAGAUUGUGUCGCAAAAUUCUCUCGAGGGAAAAAAAUAAUUUUAAUCUGAUGUUUUUUCUUUGUGUGUGAUGUUCUUAAUAUGCCUUGAGCGUUGAAUUGUGGCAUUCUCAUUCUAUUUAAUGUCAAAUGUUUCAUGAUGAAUAAAUAAAAGUGUAAUUAAAAAUAAAAA